UGAAAAUAGAAGGUACAGAAAACUGAAUUCCGAAAUCGCUGUAACUGCUGUCCAUCUGCCGCGCAUGAAGAGGCUAGAUGAUUAUCACUCAUUGACGUGACUGCGGCACAGCAAUACUUUGAUCAUCACUUUGUAAAAUCCACUACUCUAUUUCCAUCUAAUCAUCCUCUUAUUGUAUCCCACAAUGACCUCCUAUCAAUCGAUGCAAGACAAAUAUAACGAGGAGCGUGACAAGCGCCUUGCCGCUUCAACCAUCGGCAACUACAAUGACAUUCGCGAGCCAGGCCUUGAAGAUCUGAGCCAUGACCUUUUCGCGGACUAUGAGGCUCUCACAAGCAAAGACCAACCUCUCAAAGACGGCUGCGAGGUCAAAUUCCUCUUUGGCGGUGCUGGACAUAACGCAAUCUUCUCCGCCUACCAUCUGAUUCAGGGAGGCAUCAAGCCGGAAGAGAUAUGUCUCGUAGACAUCGCGGGCGGAUUUGGUGGAACUUGGUAUUGGAAUCGGUAUCCAGGUUUGACCUGCGAUGUUGAAGGAUACAUCUACUUGCCCUUACUCGAAGAGACUGGUUACAUGCCGAAACACAAAUAUUCUUAUGGCCAUGAGAUUCGCGAACAGAAUGAGCGUGUGGCUGCCCAAUUUGGUCUUCGGGGCAUGUUCUGCACGCAGAUCGAAAGCGCAAACUGGGAUGAAGAUGCAGCAAGAUGGGUCAUUAGGCUUACUCAACGGCUCGGUCCAACCAAGAAACCUGAGCUGCUGACUGUUCGAUGUCAAUUUUUUCUUCCCUGCGGAGGCUGGUUUAUUGCGCCCAAGGCUCCAGCCAUGCCUGGAUUUGAUAGGUUCAAAGAGAACAUAAAGGUCUUUCACACUGCGCGUUGGGAUUACAAUUAUACUGGCGGUAACGAGUACAACCAGGAACUUGUUAACCUAAAAGAUAAGAGAGUGGGUAUCAUUGGAACUGGUGCAACGGGUGUUGGUUGCAUUCCUGAGCUGGCAAAGUGGGCAAAGCAUCUUUACGUCUUCCAACGAACUCCCUCGUAUUGUGGACCUCGCCCUGACUCUCAGACUACGCCCGAAGCCUGGGCUAAGGUCGCAUGCAAACCAGGGUGGCAGUACGAGCGUUCAGAGAACUACAACAGGUUUCUGACCAAUGACGCUGCAGAGGUUGAUUUAGUAAGCGAUGGUUGGACUCACUCUCGCGGCUUCUCGGGCGCAAGUGGGAGGCGCCUUGUCGUUACUGCUGAAAAUUCCGAGCAGAUCUUCGACGAAAUGAUGAAGAUCGACCUUGCUCAGGCCGAGAAAGUGCGUGCACACAUUGCAAGAGAAGUGAAGGAUCCAGAAACGGCGGAAAAAUUGAAGCCUUGGUACCCAGGCUGGUGCAAACGACCGACUUUCCACAACACCUACCUGCAGACGUAUAACCGGGAAAAUGUCACGCUAGUGCACACGCCAGAGGGUGUCACUUCGUAUACCGACAAAGCUGUGAUCGCUAAUGGUCAAGAGUACGAGGUUGACUGCCUAGUUCUCGCUACUGGAUUCAGCUCUACCCUUUACAGCUUCAGGAGCCCAAUGGAGUCUUUGGGCAUUCCUGUAACGGGCCGCAAUGGUCGCUCUUUCACCAGCAAGUGGUCUGGGAGAGAUUUUGGUACGCUGUUUGGCAUUGCCACGCAUGAUUUUCCCAACCUGUUUUUCUGCAGUGUGUCUGGCUCUACUAUCAGUACGAAUAGUAGCUCACUUUUCUACAUGACAGGAAAUCUGAGGGCUCAUGUAAUAUGUAAGGCAAUCCAAAAGUCUAAGAAUCCCGACAAAGUAAUCGUAGAGGCCUCCAAGGAAGCUGAGGACAAGUGGACAGAUGAGUGCGAGGCUCGUUCCAUGUUCUACAGACUUGUCCGUACGUGCACGCCUGGCUACAUCGCUGAUGAAAGCGCUGCGGCAAGGCUCUUGCAGGGAAGCAAAGACACGGAUCUAGAACCUCGUUAUGCGCCAUUCUCAGGUGGGAUUAUUGAAUAUACAGAGCGCAUAAACAAGUGGAUGGAGACAGGGAAUUUAGAAGGGUUUGACAUUGAAUAUGAGUCCCUUGCGAUCUGGGAUGAAUGGGCGACAACGUAUGACAACGACGUCCACAACGCUGGGGUAGAUUAUGUCGGCCCUCAAAUGACCGCUCAGACUGUCAAGGAUGUCCUAGGGGAGGUAAAUGGCGCCAUUCUCGACGCCGGUUGUGGAACCGGCUUAGUCGGUGUCGCACUCGCGAAACUCGGUGCAAAAACUAUCGACGGUAUCGACCUCUCUACUCGCAUGCUCGAUGUCGCAGGAAAAACCGGCGCAUAUAGAGACCUUUCCACCGCAGAUAUGACGAAGCGCAUCGAAAAACCGGACGAAUCAUACGAUAUAGUGACUUGUUGCGGAACCUUUUCCUCCGGACAUGUGGGACCUGUUCCAGGGCUUGCAGAAUUAGCUCGCAUCGCGAAGAAGGGAGGCAUUGUCGUCUGUACAGUUGUAGAUGAAGUCUGGGUGUCUGGUGGAUAUAAAGCGGAGGUCGACAGACUGGCUUCUGUGGGGAUUUUGGAGGUACUGAGCGCUGAGAACGUGGACUAUUGGCGGGGCACUGAAAGGACCCGGAAAUCCAUCAUGGUUGUCAUGAAGCGAACAUGAGUGCAACUCAGAGAGACUUUUAUUCCUUCAAGCAGUUUGUAAUACAGAAGACCUAGUUAGACUGCUUCAUGUUCUUGGCUGGUGCCUGUUUGCGAACUACCUCAGCAUGAUUUGAUUGCGCCAUUUACAGCUACUACAUACAAUUCGAACAGUUUCUUCAAGAAUAUCAGAAGGAACCUGCUACACUCAAGAUUUUCUCUACU